AUGAUAGGAUACUGUCCACAAAUUAACGGACUAAGUGAUUUUAUGACUGGAAGACAAUACUUGCAACUUCACGCAGCACUUCGCGGUGUUCCAUAUGAAAGUAUCAAUGAAGAAGUAAACAAAUGGCUUGAUGUAUUAGAUAUGUUGGACUUUGAGAAUAUGAAAAUUGCUCAUUAUCCUUGGGGAAUUCAAAGAAAACUUUGCAUACUGCAAAGUCUUACCGGCGAUUUACCGAUGGUAUUUAUGGACGAGCCUUCCGCUGGGAUUGACAUAAUGACUAGACACGCAAUCUGCGAAAUUUUGCAUCAGAUACGGGAGAUGGGAAGAUCUAUAUUAAUCACUACGCAUAGCAUGCGAGAAGCAGAAGCGAUGUGUUUGCGCGUUGGUAUUUUAGUUAACGGCCAAUUUACUGCAAUUGGAUCUUGCGAAUAUUUAAAGGCAAAAUUUGGCCGGAAUUUUAUAUUAAAUAUUAAAAUAGUACCAGGAUACUGGUUUACAAAUCUUGAAAAGAUUAAGAAAAUCAUUAAUGAGACUUUUCCAAUAAUAAGAUUUAAAGACAGUUACUUGGGUGUUCUUAAAUACGAAUUGGAGAGUGGGACUUCGUACAGCUAUGUGUUUGAUAAACUCGAAAAGCUAAGACGGAGAUAUGUGUGGAUUACAGAUUUCUCGGUUACUCAGCCAUCAAUGGAUGAAGUAUUCUUAACUUUAGCAAAGAAGCAAAGGGAAUCUCAUAAGAAGUUAACAUUUUACGAAAGACUACGUUCUUGCAUUAUAA